AUGGAGUCUGCAGGCCUGGCGAAGAUGCAGGCAGAGCUCAUCUGUCCCGUCUGCCUGAACUACCUCAAUGACCCUGUCACCAUCGAAUGCGGACACAACUUUUGUGACUCCUGCCUCCAGAUGUCGUGGAAGGACCUCGAGGAUGCGUUCCCGUGCCCAGUCUGCAGGCAGUCCCGCCAGGAGAAGCGCAUCUAUGCCAACACCCAGCUAAGAAGGUUAGUGGAGCUGGUCCACCUCCUCCACAGCGCGGGCAGCAGCGAGGCGACGCCGGGAGAGGAGCACAGGUGCAAGGAGCACCAGCAGGUCCUGAGCCUCUUCUGUGAGGAAGACCGAGAGCUGUUGUGUUCCAUGUGCACCCAGUGCCCUGCCCACCAGGGCCACGAGGUGAGGUCAGUGGCGGAGGCCGCAACUCAUCACAAGCAGAGGCUCUGCGGCUACAUCGUGCCUCUGAAGAAGCGGCUGGCAGAGAUGCAGAAGCUCGCGGUCAACCAGGACAAGAAGCUCCUGCAGCUGAGAGAGGAGAUGGGGAAGCAGAGGCGCCAGCUGACCUCGGAAUUCAAGCAGCUCAGCCAGCUGGUGGAGCGGGAGCAGGAGGCGGCGCUCCUCAGGCUGGCGGAAGAGGAGAAACGCCUCCAGCAGCAGCUGGACGCCAACCUCGAGGCCCUCUCCGACUACGUGUCCUCGCUGAAGGGCCUCCUCGGGGAGGUGGCCGAGAGGAGAGUGAUGUCGGGAGAGAUGGUGCUGCGCGGAGCGAGGGACCUACAGCAGCGCUGCGCGGGCCUGGAGCAACCCACCCUGCAUCCCCUGCACUUCAGGCGGCCCGACUACAGCCUCCCACCGCUUUGCAUGACGCUGAGCAGCAUCAUCCAGAAAUUCCGAGAGCACAUCAGCCUGGAUCCCCAGACAGCUCACCCCAGUCUGCGCUUGUCCAAGGAUCUCAGGUCAGUGAGCUACGUGAGGAAAAGGCCCAAACGAGGCAGGAAACCCCAGAGAUGGGAAGAAAGCGCCGCUGAGCUGGCGGUCCUGGGCCGGGAAGCCUUCUCUCGCGGCCGGCACUACUGGGAGGUGCAGGUGGGCAACAAGCCCGAGUGGGCCGUGGGGGUGUGCAUCGAUGCCCCUUCCGGCAAAGAGCAGCGGCCCCCGGGAGGUCCACGCAGACGCUGGACCGUCCAGCUGCAGGAUGAAGACUACCUGGCAGGAGCUGUGCCUUUGACGCUGAAAGACAAGCCCACCCGCCUUGGCGUUUACCUGGACUAUGAGCUGGGCCAGCUUUCCUUUUACAACGCGAGUGACAAGUCUCACAUCCACUCGUUCAUGGAGAACUUUGCUGACGUGCUGAAGCCCUACUUCUGUGUGGGUCGGGACUGCACUCCUCUCACCGUGAGCGCGGGAGGCGAUUAG